CCCCUGUCCUGAAUUGUAUCUAGAUGAAUCACAGUGUUCACCCUAACACUUUCCAGAACUUGCUCUUCAGGGAACACCUCAAGAGGAGGUUCAGAGGGAGGGAGAGAGAGACGGGGAAGAAACAGUGAGCCAGUCAGGGCAGCUGAGUCGUCUGUGGGAGCGUCUGCACUGUUCCUGUGUGCUCAGAGAGGAGAACUGGCAGCCCCAGAUCUAAGCUGAAACCUGUUAAGACUCUGGAGCGCACCCAUCCCGUACCCUCGCACACUGCUCCAUCCAGGCAAACAACAGAGGAGACUCAUCCUUGAAUGCGACCCUUAAAUAAAUCAGGCCGACUCACCACAGAGACUGUAAACACCAGCCUUACCAGAAGAUCUCUAUAUUUGGAGUUCACUAUCCAUUGCUAAGCAGGGAACUCGUUUAUUAUAUAAGUGCAGGAAAAAGAAGAGGGCUCUCUUAGGAUCACCCAGGAAACAAAACUACAGAGUAGAGUUUGCUAAAGAACACACACAUACUUUUAGUAGAACUUCUUCAAGUCCUGCUUUCAUCAAAAUGUCUCGUUGGGGGCGUAAGAACGAUAAGAAGACACCUGAAGUGAUCCGGACUGUGACUGAAGGCCUGAAGUCCCUCUAUCGCAAGAAGCUUCUGCCACUGGAGGAGCACUACUGCUUCCACGACUUCCACUCCCCGAGUCUUGAGGAUGCAGACUUCGACAAUAAGCCAAUGGUGCUUGUGGUGGGCCAAUACUCUACAGGGAAGACUACUUUUAUCAGAUACCUGUUGGAGCAGGAUUUUCCUGGCAGCCGUGUGGGACCAGAGCCAACAACAGACUCCUUCACAGCCAUUAUGCACGGAGAAGUGGAGGGGCUCACCCCUGGAAAUGCUCUCAUUGUGGACCCCAACAAACCCUUCCGCAAACUCAACGCCUUUGGGAAUUCCUUCCUGAACAGGUUCCAGUGUGCCCAGAUGCCUAAUCAGGUCCUAGAGAGCAUCAGCAUCAUUGACACUCCAGGAAUCCUAUCUGGGGCUAAGCAGAGAGUGAGCCGAGGUGAGGCCAGUUCAAAAGGGUAUGACUUCCCAGCUGUGCUGCGCUGGUUUGCCGAACGUGUCGACCGAAUUAUUUUGCUCUUUGAUGCACAUAAGUUGGAAAUCUCUGACGAGUUUUCAGAGGCGAUCGAUGCGUUGAAGGGCAACGAGGACAAGCUGCGAGUUGUGCUGAACAAAGCCGACAUGGUCGACACCCAGCAGCUGAUGCGGGUGUACGGCGCGCUCAUGUGGUCUCUGGGGAAGGUGUUUGGCUCUCCAGAGGUGCUACGGGUCUACAUAGGAUCCUUUUGGUCUGAGCCGUUGAUGGUGCCAGAUAACCGAAAGCUGUUUGAACUGGAGGAAGAGGACUUGUUCAGUGAUAUUCAGAACCUUCCAAGGAAUGCUGCCUUACGGAAACUUAACGACCUGGUCAAGAGGGCUCGUCUAGUUAGGGUGCAUGCCCACAUCAUCAGCUAUUUGAAGCAGGAGAUGCCAUCUGUCUUCAGGAAAGAUAAUAAGAAGAAGAAUCUGAUCUACCAACUACCAGUCAUCUUUUCCAAGAUCCAGCUACAGCAUCAUAUCUCUGCUGGGGACUUCCCUGACUGUGCCAAGAUGCAGGAACAACUUAUGGUUCAUGACUUUACCAAGUUCAAACCUUUGAAACCCAACCUGAUGGCUGCACUUGAUGAGCUCCUGGCCUCUGACAUUGCCAAACUGAUGCCCCUGCUUCGCCAGGAAGAGUUGGAGGCAGGGGACCAGCCUGGUGUCCAGGGCGGGGCUUUCAUGGGAACCCGUGGCGGGCCUUUCCAAGAGGGCGACCCCUUCAGUCAGAUGGAGGUGAACGGAGAGGGCAACGGGGAGGAGGAGGACUGGAUCGUGACCAAAGAUAAGCCCAAGUAUGAUGAGAUCUUUUACAACCUGGCACCCAAUGAGGGUAAGCUCAGUGGCACCAAGGCAAAGGACUGGAUGGUGAGCACACGGCUGCCAAACUCCGUGCUGGGUCGCAUCUGGAAGCUAUCGGAUGUGGACCGUGACGGCAUGCUGGAUGAUGAGGAGUUCGCUCUGGCCAGCCACCUGAUUGAAGUGAAACUGGACGGACACGGGCUCCCACCUGAGCUGCCAGCCCGCCUGGUGCCACCAUCCAAAAGGCGCCAGAAAGGCUCUGAUGCAUAAGCGGCCCACACUGCCCACCACACCUACACUGAUUUCUACCAAAGAGCUGUCACCAUUGCUGCUAUGUUUGUUCGGUCCCGUCAGUCUACACUUGCUUUGUUAUUGUUAGUUAAUGUCAGCAACUUUACCAAGUCACUGAAGUAAGUGAAUUAUCACUAAUGUAGUGAUCUUCUUCUGUAUUUUUUUCGGGAGAGGGCUUGGUGCUACCCUCCAACAUGUUUUGGGUUUGAAUAACAUUGAUUGAAGGCAAGCCUAAAUACAAAGUGCUUGCUAGUCCUACAAACGUAAAUGACAAUGAGCCCUCACCUCUGUAUAUAAUUAUGAACAUACGUUUUUUUUGUGGCAAGCUUUUCUGCUGGGUAACCCUAAUUAAUGCUUUUUAGUUCAGCUUUUCAGCUUCCCAUACCAUUUGUGCAAAAUGGCACAAUGUAUGUAUUUUUCUGUUUUCUCUCUGUGAUUUUGUAACUAUUAUUUUUGUACUAAACAGAGCAACUUCUGAGUGAAUGUCACAUGAUAUGUUAAACACAACUAUGUCACACAAGUAGAAACUAUGAAAAAAUGAAAUAAAAACUUUUGCUACUACUGUAUACAGCUUCACCAGCAUUUUGUAUGUUAUCCUUGGUCAUUUUAUUGCUUCAAAUAAAGUGAACCGACUCCA